CAGGCAAAUAGAGAGACGAAGAUGACGAGUAGCAGAGGAGGUGGUGCGCGUCGGAGAGGUGUUAACGGUGAUUGAAAGAUGGCCAGUGACUAGGGUUUGGUGUGGGAGAAAGUUGGGGAUUCGAAGAGCUAAUUCCUUCAUACUUCUAAUUCCCUUUACCGGAUCGCCGACAAAAGAGGCUGGUAUUUCAGGUUUGUACUGCCAAAAUGAACUUGGGUGAUGAGGUGGAUCUUGAGGAUUAUGUUUCUCGCCCAGACAAAAUCCGUGCUGCUGAGUGAGGAGAAUGUUUAUUUUCUAUGCAAGAAAUUAUGUACAAACAGAUUGGCUGAUGCAGGGGGAGCUGAUCUUUUUGUUGUUUUCAUUUCUCUGGUUCUCACGAAUGGCACUGAAGUUAAGCUACAGAGAAACGCCCUCAGUGUAAUUGAAGCACCAACCGGCAAUGAGGAUGACGAUGAUCUCGAAUUCGAGAACUUACACCGGACUGGAUCCGCGAGAUGGAUGGCUUCAGUGAUUGCUGCAAAUCUUUUAACAAGCAUAAAACUCAUAGAUUUGUUAUGCGUUGUAGUGACGUGGGUGUUUUCUAUUAUAAAACUUUAUGCUAGAUUUGCAAGACAUCACAAAAGCAAGAAAGAUACCGAAGCGUGCUUUGCCUAUUAUUUGCUUUAGAGAAGUCAGCCCCCUAUUGUCGGAUGCUUCAAACACUUCCAUUAUAGAUUCAGAUAAUUGAAGUGAUAUCGGGUUGAAAGCUAAGCGAUUGUGUAGAAAUGGUCAAGCGACCGUUGAAAAUUGAAGACUGAGAAGGCAUUUAGGAUUUUUAAUUAUUUAAUUCUUGUAUUAGAA